GGGGGAGGAGCAGGAAGUGGCGGUGCGAGGGCUGCUGCACAGCUAGCAGAGCCGCGGUCCGGACGGCAGCGCGUGCCCCGAGCUCUCCACCUCCCCCCGCCCGCCAGCCCGAGGCCCCCGAGCCCAGCCCGCGGCCCCAGCAGCAGCGCCCAGAGCAGCCCCAGCAGCAGCGCCAUGGCCGGGUGGAACGCCUACAUCGACAACCUCAUGGCGGACGGGACCUGUCAGGACGCGGCCAUCGUGGGCUACAAGGACUCGCCCUCCGUCUGGGCCGCCGUCCCCGGGAAAACCUUCGUCAACAUCACGCCAGCUGAGGUUGGUGUCCUGGUUGGCAAAGACCGGUCAAGUUUUUUCGUGAACGGGCUGACACUUGGGGGCCAGAAAUGCUCUGUUAUCCGGGACUCGCUGCUGCAGGACGGGGAAUUUACCAUGGAUCUCCGUACCAAGAGCACCGGCGGAGCUCCCACCUUCAACAUCACUGUCACCAUGACUGCCAAGACGCUAGUCCUGCUGAUGGGCAAAGAAGGUGUCCACGGCGGGAUGAUCAACAAGAAAUGUUAUGAAAUGGCCUCCCACCUGCGGCGUUCCCAGUACUGACCUCGUCCACCCCUCCCCCCCACCACCCCCACUGCUUUUGCACCCCUCUCCUUCCCAUACACACACGUACACCAUUUUUAUUUUUUGGGCCA